AUGAAAAUCAGAUCAAAAUGGGAUCACAGAUGCGAGAUCCAAAGUUUCAAAUCUGAUUCGGCACGUCUAUUCAAGGCGAGAACAGAUCCUGUGCGGCUACUCUCGAGACGGAACUGGAAUAAAUCUCUCCAACAUCCAGGUGUGUCACCAGAUGGACAUUGUAAACACCCAACUGAACCCAAUGUGAACAACAGCGCCUCUGUUUGACCACAAGCACGGCAUAACAACUGCCGCGAAAAUGCCCCUGGAUUUUAUGCCCACGCCUUCAGUAUCUCCUGCACGAUCAAGGAACAAGUGUCUUCGUGCAAGUAUACUUCUCACAAUAUGGUACCUUUCCUCAUCUGCAGCUGUGAUCCUCACUAAGUCGCUCUUUUCGGGCUUGCACCAGCGACUCCCUCCAUUCCCGUUUGGCCUCACAUUGACCGCCACUAAUAAUAUUGUAGCAGGAUUAGCUGCUACCUUGCUUUUUGGCCAGCCUACAGAGCUUCACAGGGACAGCAAUCUCAACCGCCUCGCAGUCAUAAUUGGUGCGACGACGGCGGCAGAGAUAGGCCUCUCGAACAUUGCCUUGAAUUUACUGUCUGUUUCGUAUGCCACAGUUCUGAAAGGGAUGGCACCAUUUUUCGUGAUGGCAUGGGGGGCCUUACUGGGGGUUCAACGCCUCCACAUUGGUCUAAUCUUGACAAUGGCUGCGAUCGCCGUCGGACUAGCCCUUGCUGUGGCUGGGGAGGCGGAUGCCGUAACUGCCACUAUAUCUCAAUUUAUGAAAGCAGGGUUUUUGGCUCAACUUUUUUCAGCCCUUCUGUCAGGGUUUCGAUGGAUCCUUACACAGGUAUUCGUAAAAGGAGAGAGUGUGAAUGGAACUCGCGUGGCCGCUGCUCUCAACAUUCGACCUCCCUCGCGUGAUAUGUCUGCUGUUCAAACUAUUCGGCUCACUGCCCCGUAUACGUUGUUUUGGGUUCUUCCCUUUGUAGCUGUGAUCGAAGGAAGGUCCCUCAUUCUCUGGGUGCGGCAUGCUAAUUUCAUGGAUCUAGUCAAUUUGGGUACCGUACUGACAAUUAUUGGCGUAUGUGUGUAUACGCUGUUGUGGGCUGAAUAUGAACUGGUCAAGGUGACGUCUUCCUUGACUGUUUCAGUUGCGUUUGUGAUGAAGGAAGUGAUUGUUCUGUUUGCUGGCUCGAUGAUUUUCAACGAUCGGCUCUCCAAACUUACCUUUGUAGGGUUUGUCAUCGUCCAAUGCGGCAUAUUAGGGUAUGGAUGCCUACCGCGCGAAACACACAUGAAAAAAGACACCGUUUCGCAGACUUGAUCUCGUCCAGGAUCAGCGAAUUUGGUCGAUUUCAGUAUGCUUUGCUUUGUCGAUCUGUGCUGGAGCUGUCGGAUGGUCGGAAAUUGUGUGUUUCCGACAGCAAGGCGAAUUGUUGGUGUCGUACACGUACUUCCUAUAGCGAAAUGAAGUUGACACCUAGGCUGAAUAUGUCAAAAAGCUUUACCCUGAAGCAGCCUUCCAUGAAGUCGGAGAGCACCUCACAUACCCUUCCGGACUGGCUCUUCGUGCAAUAUGUUAGAGACUGCUCUGUGCCAGAAUACAGCUACAGUAGAAUAUGGAUGCCUUGUGAGUGUGCUGCGUGUUAUGGGAAUAGCCUGCGCCUGAAUGGAUAUCUCGCAGAGCUGAGGCGGAGCUACCCCAGAAGGCGCAACACUGUUUCCUAUUGGACGACGGCCGAAGUCGAGCUGCAAUGAACGCAGCUGCGCGGACAAUCUCGGCGAUAUCCACGGUGAAAAAGUUCUAGGACUUUUAUUGUACAAGAAGCGAAUACGGACAUGUUCAAAUAAACUGCAAAGUGUUUCGGCGUGU